UUCCUCCAUCAACGAAAUACGAUAGCUGAGUCCUAGUGCAACAGCAAACAAACAGCAUCCGUCUCCUUCAAUUCUCCAACAAGCUCUUCAAUUUCCAAUCCUAUUGAAAAUGUCGCUCAUUCCAAGCUUCUUUGGCAACCGACGAAGCAGCAUCUUCGACCCAUUCCCAUCGGACGUUUGGGAUCCCUUCAGGGACAUCUCCCUCCCAUCGUCCUUCUCCGGCGAGACAUCAUCCUUUGUGAUCGCCCGCGUGGACUGGAAGGAGACCCCGGAAGCCCACGUGUUCAAGGCCGACCUUCCCGGGAUUAAGAAAGAGGAAGUUAAGGUUGAGGUCGACGACGACAGAGUUUUGCAGAUCAGGGGCGAAAGGAACGUGGAGAAGGAAGACAAGAAUGACACUUGGCACCGGGUGGAACGCAGCAGCGGCCAAUUCAUGAGGAGGUUCAGGCUGCCCGAAAAUGCCAAGAUGGAUCAGAUCAAAGCUGCUAUGGAGAAUGGGGUCCUUACCAUCACCAUCCCCAAAGAAGAGGCCAAGAAGACUGAUGUCAAAGCCAUUCAGAUUUCUGGUUAACUAAUUAUUUGGUAGUAAUUGUAUAGUUAUGCAAUAAAUGUAGAGUUGAGAGCGGUUUAAGUUUGAUGAAUUGCCUUGGUAUAUGAGGGCGUCUGUUGUAAUGGCUACUGUUACUAUCCUACUGUGAACUAAAGUAUAUAUUCCGUGUUUUGUGAAUAAACUGUUUUUCCUUGAGUGCAA